AUGUCGUAUAAGACAUGUUCAUGUUCUUACCUUUGGCGUAUCGAAAGAUCGCCUCCAUCGUAUAUCUUUGGCACGAUACAUGUUUCCCAGGAACAUGUAUGGCCUUAUAUAUCGAAAGAGAUUCGGCAAGCAUUUAUUUCUAGUACACAUGUUUAUGCAGAGGCCGACUUGAUUAAUAUGAAUUAUUGGGAUGAUUUUCUUCGAUGCGUAGUAAAUCGAACACGCCGUGUCGAACGAUCAACCAAUGUUACUACUCCAGGUAAAGUAGUUGAUAUUCAUUUAAUGAUGGAAGCUCGCCGUUCGAAUAAGACUACAGGUGGUUUAGAGACGCCUGAAUAUCAAUGUGAGAAACUAUUCAACUUUGCCAAUUCAACAAUCUGGACAUUGAUUGUGGAUAGGAUUAAAAGCCGAUUAAAGAAUGGAACACUUGGCGAACCUAAAAUGGAUCAGCCAGAAGAAUUGCUAAAAACCUAUAUGUGUAGUGAGCUCGACGAUGCAUAUAUGGAACAGUUAUGGAAUAAUACUGAAGAAUUUGAUGAUAUUGACGUGCGCGAUGAAAACAUGUCGCGACGUAUUCACAGCUUAUUGAAAAAGUCGAAGAAGCGUCGAUAUUUUUUUGCUGUUGGCGCUGGUAUGUUGGUUCUCUAUUAA